CUUCAAAAUUUCUUAUUAACCAAACUGAAAAAGGAAAAUGUCGCACUCCUUUUCUCACGCUUCUCUCGCCACAACGUCAAAAGUCUCCCCCUCAAUUACCCCAAUAACAGCAACAAGAAGAAUCACCAAUCUCCGCUCCGCGAAACCUCAUUUCAAGCUCGCUCCACCGUCCAAAUCCUACGCUCGGUCUCUCUUCACCGCAAAAACCACUCUAAACCCUGUACUCAAACCUCGUUAUUCAACACCUGCCAUCCGAUGCCUAUUCACCGGCAUCAUCGAAGAAAUGGGCGAAAUCAAACACCUUGGUACCAUCCAGGACGGCGGAUUCGAUCUUAAUAUACGGGCAAAAACCGUCCUCGAAGGAGUGAAUCUAGGAGACAGCAUUGCUGUUAAUGGGACCUGCUUAACAGUAACCAGUUUUACUAAUGAAGAGUUCACUGUUGGGUUAUCCCCGGAAACACUGAGGAAAACGUCUCUUAUAGAGCUGGAGCCCGGGUCGCUGGUCAACUUGGAGAGGGCCGUACAGCCAACGAGCCGUAUGGGUGGGCAUUUCGUGCAGGGCCACGUGGAUGGUACGGGUGAGAUAGUGGAGAAAGAGCCCGAAGGGGAUUCGUUGUGGGUGAAGGUGAAAGUAGAUAAAGGGUUGUUGAAAUACGUGGUGCCGAAGGGGUUUAUUGCGGUGGAUGGGACUAGUUUGACGGUGGUGGAUGUGUUUGAUGACGAGGGAUGCUUCAAUUUCAUGCUGGUAGCUUAUACACAACAGAAGGUGGUGAUUCCUUUGAAGAAAGUUGGGCAGAAGGUCAAUUUGGAGGUGGACAUUUUGGGGAAGUAUGUGGAGAGAUUACUUAGUAGUGGGUUUGUUGAAUCCAUUAAGGCUUCCUGAUACCAAAAGAGGCCUUGAUUGUGUACAUACUGAAAGAAUGUGAUGCACCUGCAUGGAUCCUAUGAGUUCUAAAAUAGAAACAUGCGGAGUUUCUGGAUGUUGUUUUUGGGAUUAGUUUCCAUCCUUAGACAAGCAUAGGAGGCUGGUUACAAAGAAAGUGCAUAAGACAAGUAAUAGUUGUCAAAGAGCAUUGUUAUGAACUAUUUAGAGAUUCAUCAACCCCAAUCAAUUUAUUGCUGGAUAUCUUAUCAAAACCAGUUAUCAUACUGUUGAGGAACCAUGAUUUCAUUUGAAGAUGACUAAAGGCUAAAGUGUCUGCUAGGAACUUUCCUUGGCCUCCCAAGAGUAGUAGUUUGGUGGUAAAUGCAUCCAGUGUCAUUUCUUUGCAUUUUUGUUCACUUGUGUUUUUAUGGGUGGGCUGGUUUGGGGAACAAGUUGUUUAGUGGUUUAUGGACAGUCCAAGCAGUUGUCUCUCACAUGCUGGUGCAGUUUGUCAUCUAUGUGGGCUACAUAAGUCAAAUUCACAUAAUAACAACAAAGAAGUAUGAAAAUGAUUUGUUUAUCGUA